UUUUGCUAUGUCUGCGGCCAAUUUAUCAAGACAAGAGCGAAAAAGUACUCCAUGGAAGCAUCUGCUAAGAUGUGUGAGGCCUACAAGGCAUAUUUCGGCAUGCCUGUCGGGGAUCAAGACAAACCCUGGGCACCUCAUUUCACCUGCGAGCACUGCAAAAAAACUCUGGAAGGAUGGUACAGAGGGGAAAAGAGAGCCAUGAAGUUUGCUAUCCCAAGAAUUUGGCGGGAACCCACUGACCACUCAUGCAACUGCUACUUCUGCAUGGUGGACCCUUCCAAACGUCGGAAUGGCAAGAAUGCACCUGCUAUCACGUAUCCGGACCUUCCUUCAUCCAUUGCCCCAGUGCCACACUGCCAUGAGCUCCCCGUACCCACUCCUCCGGAGAGAGAGCAGUCGUCUUUAGAAGAGAGCAGCAAGUCAGAGAGCGAGGAAGACGUUGUAGAUCCAGAUGACAAUUUCAGAGGUGGAGCUGAGGAGAGAAUCCCAUACUACCCCAACCAAAAAGACCUCAACAACUUGAUUAGAGAUCUUGGUCUCACCAAGUCCAAUGCCGAGCUUUUGACGUCUAGGCUCAAGCAGUGGAACUUGUUGGAUGAAAGUGUGCAAGUCGCAGAUCAGAGGAAGCGUCACCAACCUUUUUCCAGCUUCUUCACCUGUCAAGAUGGGCUCUGCUUCUGCCACAAUGUGACCAGUCUGUUUGAGGCAAUCGGAAUCACCUGUAACCAGAAUGAGUGGCGCCUCUUCAUUGACAGCUCAUCCAGGAGCCUCAAAGCCGUGCUGCUCCAUAAAAACUGCCAUUUGGGGGCCCCCCUGGUGCGCUUGGCAGGGGCCAGGGAUACAACACAGCAGGAGCUCUGCUCGGAGAACUUGAGUAAAUACAGAACGACAGUGACCGGAGCAAGUAAAAGGCAAGGAGGCCAGCAAAUGAAAGCUUUUGAUUUAUAG